GGUCAAGAACUUGGAGCAUGGCUAUGAGCAAUGGAAAUAACGACUUUGUGGUUGUUAGCAAUGGCAGCAUUGCAACCAGUGCUACCAGCCCUAGACCCCUCACCCCCUGUGAUGGAGACCUCACAUCCCAGCAGCUCACACCCAAAGCAACACCAGGAGCAAAAGUGAGUCCAAAUGGAUGCCUACAAGUUAAUGGCACUAUUAAAUCAUCCUUCCUGCCUUUAGACAACCAAAGAAAACCUCAGAUGAUAUCCCAAUGCUGCCAUCCUUGCCCUUACCAUCACCCUUUGACCAGCCAUAGCAGUUAUCAAGAGUGCCAUUCCGAGGCUGGUCCCACAACACCUUCUGCUUUGGCCUCAUGUUGCAUGCAGCCACACCCAGAGUAUUCUGCAUCUCUUUGCCCAAAUCAUUCACCUGUUUAUCAGACUUCGUGCUGUCUUCAGUCCUCUCCAUCCUUCUGCCUACAUCAUCCGUGGCCUGACCAUUUUCAGCAUCAGCCCGUGCAGCAGCACAUAACCAACAUCAGACCUUCCAGACCUUUCAAGUUACCAAAAAGUUACGCAUCCCUGAUAGCCGACUGGCCUGUGGUGGUCCUGGGCAUGUGCACAGUGUUCAUCGUGGUCUGUGCCUUGGUAGGAAUAUUAGUGCCAGAGCUUCCUGACUUCUCUGAUCCAUUGCUGGGUUUUGAACCAAGAGGGACUGCAAUUGGCCAAAGACUGGUCACGUGGAACAACAUGGUCAAAAAUACAGGAUACAAAGCAACAUUAGCAAAUUAUCCCUUUAAAUAUGCAGAUGAACAAGCUAAAAGCCAUCGGGAUGAUCAUUUUGAAAGAGAAAAAAGAGAAGUUGACUGGAACUUCCACAAAGAUAGCUUUUUCUGCGAUGUUCCAAGUGACCGUUAUUCCAGGAUAGUAUUUACUUCAGCUGAAGGAGAGACAUUAUGGAACUUAGCUGCCAUUAAAUCAAUGUGCAAUGUCGAUAACUCAAGGAUCAGGUCUCAUCCGCAGUUUGGGGAUCUGUGCCAGAGGACCACUGCUGCUUCCUGCUGCCCCAGCUGGACUCUAGGGAACUACAUCGCCAUUCUGAACAAUAGAUCAUCCUGUCAGAAAAUUGUUGAGCGAGACAUUUCUCAUACCCUGAAGCUGCUUCGAACCUGUGCCAAACACUACCAGAAUGGCACUCUGGAGCCUGACUGCUGGGACAUGGCGGCCAAAAGGAAGGAUCAGGUCAAGUGUACCAAUGUGCCCCGAAAAUGUACCAAGUACAAUGCUGUGUACCAGAUCCUCCAUUACUUGGUAGACAAGGACUUUCUGACCCCAAAGACAGCUGACUAUGCCACACCAGCUUUAAAGUAUAGCAUGCUUUUCUCUCCCACAGAGAAAGGGGAGAGUAUGAUGAACAUCUACCUGGACAACUUUGAAAACUGGAACACUUCCGACGGCAUCACCACUGUCACCGGGAUUGAGUUUGGUAUCAAGCACAGUUUGUUUCAGGAUUAUCUUCUGAUGGAUACUGUGUAUCCCGCCAUAGCUAUUGUCAUUGUCCUUCUGGUCAUGUGUGUCUACACCAAGUCCAUGUUCAUCACACUGAUGACCAUGUUUGCCAUCAUCAGUUCUUUAAUUGUCUCCUAUUUUCUUUAUCGUGUCGUAUUUAAUUUUGAGUUUUUCCCCUUUAUGAACCUCACAGCACUCAUUAUUUUGGUUGGAAUCGGAGCAGAUGAUGCUUUUGUCCUUUGUGAUGUCUGGAACUAUACCAAAUUUGAUAAGCCUCAUGCUGAGACAUCGGAAACAGUGAGCAUCACCCUGCAACAUGCAGCCCUCUCCAUGUUUGUCACCAGUUUCACCACAGCCGCUGCCUUUUACGCUAACUAUGUUAGCAACAUCACAGCAAUCCGAUGCUUCGGGGUCUAUGCAGGGACAGCCAUCUUGGUGAAUUACGUCCUGAUGGUCACUUGGCUUCCUGCAGUGGUGGUCUUGCAUGAGCGCUAUCUGCUCAAUAUAUUCAGUUGCUUCAAGAAGCCCCAGCAGCAAAUCUAUGACACCAAAAGCUGCUGGACCAUAGCUUGUCAGAAGUGCCACAAAGUACUUUUUGCCAUUUCGGAAGCAUCGCGAAUCUUUUUCGAGAAAGUACUGCCCUGCAUUGUCAUUAAGUUCCGCUACCUUUGGCUGUUCUGGUUCCUUGCCUUAACCAUAGGUGGGGCCUACAUUGUGUGCAUAAAUCCAAAGAUGAAACUGCCCUCAUUGGAGUUAUCCGAGUUCCAAGUGUUCAGGGCAUCACAUCCUUUUGAACGUUAUGAUGCUGAGUACAAAAAGCUUUUCAUGUUUGAACGUGUUCAUCAUGGAGAGGAGCUCCACAUGCCCAUCACGGUCAUCUGGGGGGUGUCCCCCGAAGAUAAUGGCAACCCACUAAACCCCAAGAGUAAGGGGAAGUUGACCUUAGACAGCCGUUUCAACAUUGCCAGCCCAGCUUCCCAGGUAUGGAUUUUGCAUUUCUGUCAAAAAUUGAGGAAUCAGACCUUCUUCUACCAAACUGAUGAACAAGACUUCACCAGCUGCUUCAUUGAGACUUUCAAACAGUGGAUGGAGAAUCAGGACUGUGAUGAGCCUGCCCUAUACCCGUGCUGCAGCCGCUGGAGCUUCCCCUACAAACAGGAGAUUUUUGAAUUGUGCAUCAAGAGAGCCAUCAUGGAGCUGGAGCGGAGCACAGGCUACCAUCUGGAUAGCAAGACCCCAGGGCCACGGUUUGAUAUCAAUGAUACCAUCCGGGCAGUUGUGUUGGAGUUCCAAAGCACCUACCUCUUCACCCUGGCUUAUGAAAAGAUGCAUCAGUUUUACAAAGAAGUGGAUUCCUGGAUUUCCAAUGAGCUGAGCUCUGCCCCAGAGGGCCUCAGCAAUGGCUGGUUUGUCAGCAAUCUGGAAUUCUAUGACCUCCAGGACAGUCUCUCAGAUGGCACCCUCAUUGCCAUGGGGCUCUCAGUGGCUGUUGCCUUUAGUGUGAUGCUGCUUACAACCUGGAACAUCAUCAUCAGCCUGUAUGCCAUCCUUUCCAUAGCAGGGACCAUCUUCGUGACUGUGGGCUCUCUGGUCCUGCUGGGCUGGGAGCUCAAUGUUUUGGAGUCUGUCACCAUUUCCGUGGCAGUUGGCUUAUCUGUAGACUUUGCUGUCCAUUAUGGUGUUGCUUAUCGAUUGGCCCCAGAUGCUGACCGGGAAGGAAAGGUGAUCUUUUCUCUGAGUCGGAUGGGCUCAGCCAUUGCCAUGGCUGCACUGACCACCUUUGUGGCUGGGGCCAUGAUGAUGCCCUCCACAGUCCUGGCUUACACUCAGCUGGGCACCUUCAUGAUGCUCAUCAUGUGCAUUAGUUGGGCCUUUGCCACGUUUUUUUUCCAGUGUUUGUGCCGAUGCCUGGGGCCACAGGGUACCUAUGGUCAGAUUCCUUUACCUAAGAAACUCCAGUGCAGUGCCUUCUCCCAUGCCUUGUCAACCAGCCCUGGUGAUAAAGGACAGAGCAAAAUGCAUACCGGGAAUGCUUAUCAUUUAGCACCCAGGGUCCAGAAAUCAGAAUUGGAACAUGAGUUCUAUGAAUUGGAGCCUCUGGCCUCCCACAGUUGCACUGCUUCAAAGAGCCAUUAUGAAGAGUCCCACAACUGCUCCAACUUUUUCAACAGCCAGGCAAAGAAUUUAGGGCUGCCUGUGCAUUCCACGUACAACAGUGAACUCAGCAAAAGCCCCAAGAGUGAACCCAGUGCUGCCCUGUUAUCACCAUCGCUCAAUCAGCCUGACAUGUGUCACCUCUUUUCUCUGCAUCAGAGAUGCAGCUGCCCCCAUGCCUACAAACACUGGAAAUACAGCCCACAUACCUGCCAGCAGAUGGAUGACUGCUUAUGCCACCAGUGCACUCCCGCCAACACUUUUUUACACCUCCAAAAUGGUGUGGCACCCCUGAAGGCUGUACAUGAACCCCCUGAGGGUUUUAUGCAGCCCAUCCCACACCUUCACACCUGUCCCUGCCUCCAGAGUAGCCUGAAAGCUCCCACCAUGCAGAAUUCUCUGCCCAGCAAUCCCUUUCUUCACCCCGCACAGCCCCAAGAGAAUAUGGCUCCAACUGGUGACCACAGUCUACAGAGCCUAGAACAUCUUCCCCCCAUGGCAGAGACAGCCUUUGUGUGCAGACACGCCAGCACCUCGCAACAAGUGUGUUGCAAUCCUGGCACUAACCAAAGAGGACCAUGUCAAAACAGAGAUAUCGGGAACAGGGAGGGCAGUGGUGGGGCUGAAAACAAGGACUCAGAGAGGCAGACAGACCUGGAGCCCAGCUUGUCCCAGACAGACAUCAUUGUGAACUCAGAACAUUUUCAUCAAAAAGAACCACAAUUUAUAUUUAACCAUUUAACAGGGGAGGCCAGUUAUAGAUCCUGCCCAAAUAAUACGCUGAGUUAUAGCAGAAUUAUGAGAGUAAAAUGCAAUUCUGUGGACUGUCAGAUGCCAAACAUUGAUGCCAAUGUGCCUGCUGUAUUAACACACUCAGAAAUUUCUGGCGAAAGUUUGUUAAUAAAAACACUUUAA